UCUUCUGCGCAUGCGCAGGUCAAUGUAUACAGGGUGAACAGUGGUGGUUUAUUCUAGCAGCUGUUACGCGCAGUAGGCUCUUUAUUAUUGCGUAAUUAGGGGUUUAUGUGGACUGAGUGUAAAUAUAGAGUGUAAAAUAGGGUGUAACUAGUCACAGAUGGCUCUCAGAAGGUGCUGCGGGUUUGCAGGGCUUGUUCCGCGGCUGUUAUGGAGCAGCACCGUCCAGCUCCGCGGAGGACGAGGCUCCGCGUUCAGCCUGGUUGUCAACAAUCAGCACGGCUGCAGAACUACAGAGUUGCUGCUCCGCAGGUUGAGCUCAGCGCCGCCGAGCAGCUCGGAUGUGAGUUAUGAUCAGCUGAAGCAGCUCCUGGCUGGACAGAAAGCUGUAGUUAUAGAUGUCAGAGAGCCCUGGGAGCUCCGGGAGUACGGAUCCAUCCCCGGCUCCAUUAACGUUCCCCUGGGACAGGUGGACACUGCCCUCCAGCUGGGUCCGGAAGAGUUCAAUGAGAAGUACGGUGAUGAGAUGCCCCAGCAGACAGACAGCAUAGUGUUCACCUGUCUGGCAGGAGUCAGGAGCAAGACAGCGUUCAACACAGCCGCCUCGCUGGGAUACAAAGACAUUCAUAAUUACCUGGGCGGAUGGCAAGACUGGUCGAAAAAUGAACAGGAGAACUGAUCCAGGGAUAAAAAAAAAAAAAAAAAAAAAGGGUGUCUUGUGAAGGGUUUUUAAAAAAGUUCAUUCACUCCUCUGUUUGUUUAAAGAGCCGGCGAUUGAAGUUGUUUUCCUCAUCUGUGAAUCCCAAAGACUGAAACCAGAGAAAACAUCAACACGUCACACGUCAGAUGCUGAAAAACUUUAAAAACUGCAAUGUUACUUGAAGUUACUCGUAAAUUGAUUUAAUCAUACAACUAUUUAUUAACCCUUUACAACUUCUAAAGAGACAAAUAUAUAACCAGUGACUAAUCUAAACCUUACCACAACUAUUAAUAGACAAUGAACAGAGCGUUUGUUUCCAUACUAUCUAUGCAAAUGACUACUCAACUGUGUACGACUGUGAGUUCAAAUGAAGUUCCACACGUCAAACUGAUGUGUUGUAAAUAUUAAAUAUCUUGUUGCUCAUAGAUGCAUCUGCAGUUGUUGCCAAAAUCAUUCAAUAAAUAAAGUUAUAGUUUAACAGUGAAA